CGCUACAGAUGACGCACGAAGAGAACAAAGAUGGCGAUCCCGAGCACACGAAAAUUAAAACGAGCUGAAUGAUAAAUAAAGAAUUUUUUACUUAUAGUUUAAAUUCGCAAAAACGCAGUGAAAUAAAAUAAUUAAUAAAAGUGUCAUGCAUACUUACAAUGUGUAAAAUAAAAGUUUAUCACAAAACGGUUUAUUUUAACUGUGCAUUUUAAUAUAAAACGCAUAAUCUUACUAGUUGAAGUUGACUGGACGACAUUAUAAAAAAAACUUGGGUAAAUUUACCAAUCGCUACAGAAUAUAUAAAGAUUCUUGGUAUUAAUACAAAAAAGAUAUGUAUAUGUAAUACAUAGGCUGUGGCUCGACGUCAACACUCGUUGCAACAAAAGGAAUUGCAUACAUAGAAUUAACAGUGGAUAUUAGGAUCUAUUGCUGAAAUGGCGACCAGUGACGACGAGCCGAUGCACUUGUAUGAAGUGUUCCAGAACUGCUUCAACAAAAUAGCAAACAAACAGCCCACGGGGACGGUCGGAGCGGAUCGCGGCGGUGGCGGGGGCUACCACUCGCCGUACGGCAGCCUGGGUGUGGAGAACGGCAUGUACCCCAGUGACUUUAACUCGAUGCACGAUGCCGCCAACGGCGGGAAUAACCGAUAUGCCAACGCCUCGACCGUCGAUCAGUAUUUUGAUUCCGCCGCCGCCGGCAGCGGAGGGGCAUGGUGUCAGACGCAGAUGGGCAGCGCCAAUAGCUACAUGGGUCAGACGCCGUACCAGAACAGCGGUCCGCUCUCGGGGCACUCCAUGGAUCAGCAGCAGGUGCACCAGGCGGACGGACUCGGCAUGGGUGGCGGCGUCAGCGCCGACGGCAUGCACUGCCCGGUGUCCACAGCCCUGCCGCCUAUGAGCUCUUUUCGUGCCACCUCCGGCGGCAUCGGAGGACCUGGCACUGGGCAGCAGGCACCAGUAAACGUUAAUGUCAAUCCCCCAGCCGUGUUCAACUCGCCGCAGGGCCACAACCACACAGUACAAGCACAGCACGGUGCACUGUCCACGGCUGGACCGCUUGGCCAUCACUCGCUCAACCACACGCCGCACGCACAUUCCCACACACUCCCGCUCCCGCACGCCCUGCCUCAUGGCCACCCUCAUCCACACCCCCACCACAGUCAGCAGAACAGUCCUGCCGUGCAGAGUUCGGAUGCGUUCAGUGGUGCCGGGGCCAGUGUAAAAGUGGCCGGAGCUGGAAAUUCUUCGGCAGCGGCCCUGCGGCAACAGAUGUACAUGCCGGCGGAUCAAAGUAUUAGUAGUUUCGGCUCGAACCCCUCCACACCCGUCAACUCGCCGCCGCCGCUGACCCAGUCUGUGGUUGGUGGCGGAGAGCCGUCCGUUUCCGGCGCCGCUGGUUGGGGCCACUCAGUGCUAAAUGGCGGACCCAGUUCAAGCUAUUCCAGCGAAAUGGGUCCUGUGUCCAGUCUGCACACCAUGGCCUCGGUAUUUCAGGGUGUGCGCAUGGAGGAGCGACUGGACGACGCCCUGAACGUACUGAGGAACCACUGCGAGCCCGAGAUGCUGGCCGGCGUGAAUCAAUCAUUGGCCUCGAUAGACAACAUUGAUGCAUUGUCCUCGUUUGUGCCCAACUCGCCAUCGCAUCUAGGAAGCAGCGGAAACGCAGGCUCUGCAAAUGCGGCUCUGGUGCACGAGGUGUUGGCCUUGGGCGCUGCCGCCGCAGGCACAUCCGGCCAAUCGGUGGGCGGGGCAGGAAGCCUGACCAGCCUGAAACUCGAUCGCAGUGCGUCCACGUCCUUGACCAAGCAGACAAAAAAGCGGAAAGAGCACACGGCCAUCAGCAAUUCAGUUCCGGCGGGAGUGUCCACUACGUCGAGUUUGACCAGCCUUGACAUUUCGGACACGAAGCCCACUAGCUCCAUUGAGUCGUCAAAUUCCGGUAUGCAGCAGCUCUCGCAAGGUUCGAAAGGAUCGAAAAGACCACGGCGCUACUGUUCAUCGGCGGAUGAGGAUGACGACGCCGAGCCAGCGGUGAAAGCAAUUCGCGAGAAGGAGCGGCGGCAGGCGAACAACGCCCGUGAACGGAUUCGCAUUCGAGAUAUCAACGAGGCACUAAAAGAGCUGGGUCGCAUGUGCAUGACCCAUCUGAAGUCCGACAAGCCACAGACGAAGUUGGGCAUCCUGAAUAUGGCCGUUGAGGUGAUCAUGACCCUGGAGCAGCAGGUGCGCGAGCGCAACCUGAAUCCUAAGGCCGCGUGCCUGAAGCGGCGCGAGGAGGAAAAGGCCGAGGAUGGCCCCAAGUUAAGUGCCCAGCAUCACAUGAUACCGCAGCCGCAGCAGGUCGGCGGCACGCCCGGAGGCAGUUACCACAGCCAGCCAGCGCAACUAGUGCCACCGUCGUCGCAGACCAUCAGCACCAUGACUAUAUCCCUACCCGUCAACCAGGCCAACAGCGGCCUGCCACCCCACUUGCAGCAGCAGCAGCAACAACCACAGCUCGGACACGCCCAGCUUCCGCAAUAGCAUGCACCACCCAGGAACCCCUUCUGGAAAUCGUCGUCGUCCCUCUCUUCCAUAAAAACCGAAUGUAUUGAAGGCUCCGCGGCCAAGUACUCAGAUCACUUGGAACUGGAGAAUCAGGUUUUAAGCAAUAUGUUAUGGCGUUGUCGUCCUCCCAAAUUGCAACCACAACCCCUACAAAAUGUACAACACUUUUAACACACAAGAAAAGUAAAUGAGAAAAACGAAAACAAACGCCCAAAUGAUUGCCAAUUCACACACACACACAAAAUUGCUCUUUUUUAAACGAUUGUAUAUAGCUGUUCCAUUACGUUUAACCUGGGAAGAUCUUUUUCGUUUUUUAGAAUGUUUGAUUUAAUAAUUACUUGUUUUAUUUUGUGCGAUAUCACCGUAGCCAUAUUUUUUAUAUACAAAUACAUGCAUACAUAACGACAUAAUUAAGUGAAAAUAGUUUUAUAAUAAAAAAAACACAACACAUAGACUUACUUCUAUAUAUUCCCGAGAGCUAAGGAAUAAAUAUGUCCAUAUUAAUAUUUUA